AUGCCACUGGCACCUUUACAGUCCAAGAUCAAAUGCAUAGUCCAGAGCUGUCAUUAUAAAAACCAAACUUAUCUGACAGCCAUUCUGAAGACAACCCGCUGGGGCACUGUACAGACCCAUUCCCAUAACUCACCACUUUCAGCUAGUUGUGCAGGGACGCCAGGAAAACCUGUUUGUUGGAAGGUCUUGUCACCUAUUCAUGUGUCCGAUGGAGGAGGUCUAUCGGAUAGGGCCUGUGAACAACUCGUGCAAAAGUGUAUAGAGCAACUCAUAGAGUAUAUGUAUCCUUCCUUAAUAUACCACCCUUUAGCUUUCCCUAAACCCAGAGGAAUAAAUUUAGAUACUCAAACAGCUAUUCUACUUGAAAAUACCCACCAAUUACUCAACCAGACUAAUCCCACCCUCGCAGCAGAUUGCUGGCUCUGUAUGCCUUGGGGAACACCUAUGCCCCUACCCAUCUUAACCGCUAAUAUAUCCUCAGUGUCAUCCAACGUGUCCUCCUCAGACAACUGUUCCUUGAGCCUCCCUUUUAAGGUUCAACCUCUUUCAAAUGAGAAUUUAACCUGCUUAUACCAGAGCUAUCAAAAUAACUCUUAUGAUAUAGAUGUGGAGAAUAUCACAUUCGCCAACUGUACCACCAAUUACAACAUUUCUGACCAUUGUUUCCUGUGCCCCCCUAAAGGACAAGUAUUUGUGUGUGGAAAUAAUUUAGCCUACACUGCACUGCCCGGCAAUAGGACAGGGCAGUGCACUACUGCAAUCCUUCUCCCAGAUAUAAAUAUUGUGUCUGGAAAUGACACAAUUCCACUACCCUCUUUUGAUUAUCUUCCUAAAAGACACAAGCGAGCAGUUACUUUCAUCCCCUUGCUAAUAGGUUUAGGUGUCACUGGAGCAUUUGCUACAGGAACUUCAGGACUGGGCGUAUCUCUACAUAAGUAUAACCAAUUAUCUCUUCAGUUAAUUGAUGAUGUUCAAGCUAUUUCAGGUACUCUACAAGAUCUUCAAGACCAAAUUGAUUCACUAGCAGAAGUAGUCCUACAAAACAGGCGUGGCCUAGAUCUGCUUACCGCUGAACAAGGAGAAAUCUGCCUAGCCCUAGAAGAAAAGAGUUGUUUUUAUGCUAAUAAAUCCGGAAUAGUUCGAGACAAAAUUAAGAAGCUACAAGAAGACCUUAUAAAAAGGAAAAAAGAAUUGUUCGAGAACCCCCUGUGGACUGGGUUAAAUGGGAUCCUCCCCUACCUUCUCCCCAUACUAGGACCCUUGCUCAGCUUGCUUCUCCUCCUAUCUCUCGGCCCUUUUUUGUUCCAGAAGCUUAUGUCCUUUGUAAAAAAUCAAGUGAACACAAUCCUGGCUUGCCCCAUUCAGGUCCAUUAUAACCGUCUAGAACAAGAAGAAAAUGCGUGUAUGUUCUCCACAUGA